ACUAAAACGUGGUCAAGUUCUGACCGUCAUGUUCGACUAUCUCUGAAGUCUGGAAGCCGCUUCGACUUUGGCCGCCGCCGAGAUUCCCCAGCGCCGCCGUGACCUAUCGAUUCACGGCUAGGCUAUAAUCUUUACAGUGUUCGCAAGCCCUUGUAGAACACCUCAAUUAUGCUGCUAAUGAUUAGGUCGGGGCGACAAAAUGCCAGAAGCUUGAUCUCUCCACCGUCCACCAAAAGCAAUAGCAAUAAAGUUUUCUUCUUUCUCUUAUACUCCACCAGAGCCGCCGCCGAGUCUAUCCUAACCUCCCACCCGUACCAGUUUUCUUCACAGGAGUGCUUUCAUUCAUCAGCCUCAUGUUCCAGCUCUAUUCACACUUCAAAUGCCGGCGUUUUCCAGCUCAAGGAUGUGGUUUUGUCGUUUAAAGAGUGGUUCCAGAGUAGGUUAAACCCGGAUUUCGAUCGAAUCUUCGAAAUCUUACGAACCAAAGACGAGGCAUCAGCGGAUUUAGCUUUGUCCCGGUUCAAUCUCCGUCUCUCCGAAUCAUUAGUUCUAGAGAUUUUGAACUAUGAGAAGGGUAAAGAUGUGCUGUCUUGCUUGAAGUUCUUCGAUUGGGCGGGUCGUCAACCCGGGUUCUACCAUACCCAGGCCACAUUUUCUGCAAUUUUCAAGAUUCUCUCGAAAGCCAAGCUCACUACCUUGAUGAUUGAGUUCUUGGAGAAGUACGCCAAGCAGAGGUAUAUUCACAGAUUAAGAUUUUACAACACUUUGGUGAUUGGGUACUCAAUUGCGGGGAAGCCAGAAGUUGCACUCCAGCUGUUCGGUAGAAUGCGGUUUACAGGUGCUGAUUUGGACUAUUUCGCUUAUCAUGUGCUGCUCAAUGCGCUAGUGGAGGAUGAAUUUUAUGAUGCUGUUGAUAUGGUUUUGAGGGAGAUUAAGCUCCAUGGGUUUGAGAAUUCGGUCACACAUUCCAUAUUUGUGAAGAGUCUUUGUAAGCAAAGGGAGCUGGAUAAGGCUGAAGCUUACAUUAGGGGUUUGUUAGGAAAUGGAGGAGCUGGUUUGAGUGGCAUUGUUGUGGCCACUGUUGUGGAUGCUCUUUCUAAGAACAGAGAUUUUGAGAAGGCUGGAUUGUUGGUUGAAGAGUUUCGCGAGUCCGGUUUGGUCUCUAUGGAGCAUGCUUAUGGUGCCUGGAUUAACAACCUUGUUAGGGCGGGGAAGCUGGAUGGGGCUUUAGAGUUUCUGAAAAAUAGGAAUGUGGUUGAUGGGCAUGUUCCUCGUGUUUUCAGAUAUAACGGUUUAGUUUGUAAGCUUUUAAGGGAGAAUAGACUUGAAGAGGUUUAUGACUGGUUAAUGGAGAUGAAGGAUCAAGGUAUAUCUCCAGAUGAGGUCACCAUGAAUGUUACAGUAUGCUUCUUUUGCAAGGUGGGAAUGGUUGAUGUAGCUUUGGAACUGUAUGAUGCAAGAUCUGAGUUUGAGCUCUCUGUAAAUAGUAUGGCUUAUAAUUAUCUUAUAAACACUCUCUUGGGUGAUUCAAGUAAUGAUGACGCCUGUCGUGUGCUGAGAAAUGGAAUUGAACAAGGUUAUUUUCCAGGUAGAAGGACCUUUUCAAUUAUUGCCAAUUCUCUUUGCAAAGAGGGGAAGCUCGAUAGGGUGAAUGAGUUGAUUCUCGCUGCUCUAGACCACAAUCACAUGCCCAGCGAUAUAAUGUACAACAGGUUCAUAUCAGCUCUGUGUAGAGCCCACAGAGUGGAAGAUGGCUUCUUGCUACAUGAACAGCUCAGCCGAUUAAAUAAGGUUACAAGCAGGAAUACUUAUUUUGACUUAAUUAGUGGCUGCGUCAAGUCAAGUAGGGCAGAUAUUGCAGCAAGAUUACUUAUAGAAAUGCAAGAAAAUGGCCACAGUGCUAACAGCCAGUUAUACAGAGCAGUUAUUUGCUGUUUAUGUCAAUUGAAUAAUCCAGAAAAGCAAUUUUUCAGGUUGAUGGAGAUGCAGUUGUCCCGAUUUGAGCCUACAUGUAAAAAUUACAAUUUCUUCAUUGAUGGAGCUGGGCAUGCUGGAAAACCUGAGCUGGCUAAAGAAGUAUAUGAAAUGAUGGAGAAAACUGGUACGGUACCAACUUUGAAUUCUCAUGUGCUGCUGUUGCACAGUUAUUUGAAAAAUGGACGGAUUUCAGAAGCUUUAAACUUCUUUUAUGAUUUAAGCAAGAGAGGCAAAACAUCCCGGAAACUUUGGCACUGCUUGAUUGUUGGCCUUUGCAAAGUGGGCAAUCAACAACAUGCAUGGGAUGUAUUCUGGAAGAUGAGGGCAGAAGGGAAGAAACCAAGUUUGGAAUCUUAUGAGGAACUUGUGAAUUUGUUGUGCUCACAUAAACAAUACUAUUGGGCUUUGAUUGUUGUUGAUGAUUUGCUGCGAAGUGGUCGAAAGGUUUCUUCAUUUAUUGGCAAUGUGCUUUUAUUACAUUCUUUAAGGACUAAAAAGCUUUAUGACCUUUGGUUGAACUCAAGAAAUGAUGAAAAUACAACAAUUAAGAGCUUGAAAUUAGGCAAGCUGAUGGAGACAUUUUCUGGUUGUAGUAACACGAGCAUGGAUAUUAAUGAAAUUGAAGAACUAAUUCAGCAAUGCUUUCCUCUUGAUAUCUACACCUACAAUCUGUUGUUGAGAAGAUUAAGUAUGUGUGAGGUUGAUUAUGCUUGUGGUUACUUUAAUACUUUACGUAAAAAAGGAUAUGAGCCAAAUAGGUGGAGUUAUGAUAUAAUAGUACAUGGUUUGUCAAAAUGUGGUCGGACUUCCGAAGCUAGGAAGUGGAUUGCAGAAAUGCUUGGCAAAGGAUAUGAUCUAACAGAGGCAACUGAAGCCAUGGUCUAAUAUAUUCAGAAGUUUCCUUUUUCUGUUCAAGAGACUUCUAAUGAUAUUGCUCCUCCUAGCACUGCUUGUAGCUUGGUGCUAUAUCAAUUAGGAAAACUUGUCUGGAGCUAAAAUCUUCUUAGCUGAUUUAUAUACAAGUUGUAUGCUUGCAUUUUCAUUUUGGCUGGGUGGGAGGGGCUAUGAUUUGGGGCAAUUGAGAGUAUCUGUGUUCUUGAGAAUCUGCAUUUCGGAGCACUUCCUUAAUGUCUCUCUUUGCAACAGAAUCAUUACAAUACUAGGAUUUGCCUGCCUUGAAGCAUGUUUUAAGUAAAUAUUUAUCUGCUUCUUAAUCAUCUCCCAUUGUAUAUAUCCAGUUGGUGAGUUUCACUUCUGCACCAAACUAGGCUAAGCAUCUGACUGAACCUUUUACCAAACUAUUACAUUAAUAAACAUAAGUUUCUGGAGUGAUGUCUAUAAUAUCUAAAUUGCCCAUUGAACAACAUAAGUGUUGACUUCUUAAAUUUGUCAGUCUGUACUGUCUCUGGUGUCAUUCAUUAGUUAUUAUGUUCCAAGCAUUCAGUGUCUUUUGGUAAAGAGAACUAGGAUGCAAUCUGAGAUUUUCAAGGGCAGAGGGAACAGGAUCAAAUUAUGUUUUUAUUUCUAGAGUAGUUCUGAACAUGUUAUGUUUAUAGUGGUUCUCUCAUUGAAUUUUAUCUGAAUUCAUUCAAAGUAUUGAUUAGAGUUAAAAUUAUCUAUUGUGGCAACUGGCAAACAAGUCUGUGCUGUGUGCCUACGUCACUUAUUUGGCCUCUUAGUAAGAGGCAUAAGUUUAUGCCUCUUUCAGUGAAGCAAUGGAAUCUUUUAAUUUGGACCUCUAAUAUCAUUGUUGAGAUGCAUAAAAAUUUUGAAAAUAAAAUAUAUGCUCGUAGUUUCUGUAAAAAGUGGACCUCAAAUAUUGUUGGAAAGAUAUAAUUUUUGGAAAAGCACUGAUAUUUUCGUAAGCAAGACACAUUUGGUACUUGGUCCACAUUCAGGACAAUAUGCCAUUUUUGGUUCCUUGGGUAUAGUGUGGUACGAUAAGGAAUGCCACUAUAACCGAGUACCCAAGGGACCAAAUGUGUCAUGAUUAAAAGUUUUUUGGACUACGAGACCAAAAGCGGGAUUUACUGUUCUGGGAUGCCUAGUUUCAUAUACAUUCAAUGACUAAUAAUGAACAUGAAAGGCUAAAUUUUGUGUCAUCUGCAAUUCUGCAAAGUUACAUGUUUACAUGGAUUCUUUAAUGACAGGAAGAUACACAUUUUCAUCCUUGGUUCUAGUAGACACCACUUUAGUUUUUUGCUUUGAAGUCGAUUGAUUUACUGGGAAACAUCAAUGGUAGGUGAAGUUGAUACAAGAAAGCAGUUGGCAAAGCCGUGCUAGUUUGGCAGAAGAAAUCUGGUACAAGAAAAGAGCAAUCCAAUCGUCACGAUUUGCAUCUGCUUGGACUGACUUGGCUACAACAGCGAAAUUUCUUCAUGGUUGUGUUUGUAAAGUCUGUAAAGUUUAUAGAUUGAGAUACAGGUGAUGCAGACUCGCCCACAACAGCUCUCUGGCAUUGCAAUAAAGAGCCCUUCAAAGUGGCUGAAAAGUUUUUGAAGGUUAACUUUGCUCCUGUGGUUUCAUGUGAAUAAAACCAUUUCUUAUCCAAAAAAAAAAAAAAAAAAAAAACAUGUGAAGCAGUCUGUUCCUCUAACACUAUAGGCUUUUGGUGGUUUAUAUCUAUGCCACCUUAAUGUUUUGGGUGUGGAGCUGCCUUCAUCAAUUAUUUUAAAAUUGUCUAAUCCUGAAAUGAUUUUUUGUUAGCUGUUAUCACUAGCCUUUGAGAAAAGCCAUGUUUGUAGUAUAGCACUCAAAAUAAAACCUCUGCUUCAGUUCAGAUAUGUUGUUGUAGUUCUUGCUAUUUUUGGUUAUCAUCAUUAUUAUCAGUAAUGAGAUCCUUAGU